AUGAUUGUAAAAGGGACCGUGAGCAGAUAGGCGAGUGCGCAGGGCUAGAAUCGCCUUAAACCACUCAAGCCCAAAGUUUUUUUCAUCCGCGACUAUGUCGGGCCCCAGACGGCCGCGGGCACACACUGCAAGGCUCGACACGGGGAGUGCGAAAGGACGAAGUCGACCGGACACUUUAGCACGUCCUGCUCGCAGGGCAAGGUGCAGCUGCCUCCCCCUCCCCAGCACAACUGAACUUUCCCGAGUAUCGACAGCUGCUUGCAGGCUCGGAUAGCAGUCAGUUGCUCCGUCCAACAAAACUCGUCUGCAGUAGAUCCACAUCCUGAACUUUGCGACCGUAUCACCAUGCACACAGGAGCUAAAGCAUUUCGCAAGAGCGCUGGGCGGUCCGACGCCGCGUACAACAACUUACGCACUGUCGGCACUGCUUCACUUUGCUCGCUGCCUACUGUGACCAGACUCGACUGGGCACUCUAGGGCUCCCCGUGUUUCGCGGGUCUGGUCCCAGUCCCAGCCAUUCCAUCCCCCGCGACCUAUGCCUAGUUGGUUCGCAACCCGCUCGCCAUAAUCGACCCAGACCGCAGAGCGAACCGUGUCGCGAAUGAUGGCGUUCGUCGAUUAUUCGGCGCUCGCUGCUCUCGACGACACGGCGCUUUCGAACGACACACAAGCCUCUGGCAGCGUCUCAAGUAGCUGGCAGCGUCUCAUUCACUGCACAUUUCUUCAGAUCCAUUCGGCAUCUCGGGUUGCUAAUCUGCUGCUCAUUGCCGCAUAGGUCGACGCAAUCAGGGCAUCAAUUCUGCUUCAUCAUGGACUCUGGACGGGACCGGCGGGAUUGCUGCGGCGGGGGAGCGACUGACAAAGCAUGCAAGAGUUUCUGCAGACACACGGGACGCUUCAUGGAUAUCAGUAAGUUGGCUGUACCAGGUCACAACUGAAGAAGCGUCUUCGGCACGAUCUAUUGAUAGACAGUAA